AUGGCAACCAAUCGCGGCCCCCCCUCCGAGGCAGAGGUCAAAGCCCGCAUCAUCUCCCACAUGAACGCCCAGCACACCCGCGAACUCUCCCACUAUCUCCGCCACUACAACGGCCUCUCCCCGCGCGCCGCAGCAGCCUCUCCCGCCAUCCAGGAUCUCGACUUUGACGGAAUGACCCUCAAGACCAGCAACGGCACCACCUACAGCGUCCCCUUCUCCCCUCCCCUGACGUCCUGGGCCGAGGCGCGCGACCGCGUCAUCGCCAUGGACGAAACCGCCCGCGAGGCCCUCGGCCUCAGCAACAUUUACAUCAACGAGUACGCCGUGCAGCAAGGCUUCGACUGGGCGCCGUUCUUCGGCGUCAUCUUCUACUACUUCUGCGCCAUGGGCUUGCCGUGGCUUGAGCCGGGAAGCGUCCCGUGGGAGGUCCUCAAGGUGGUGUUUCCAGGAGGGCCUGAGUGGUUUCGGUGGAUUGUCAAGGCCAUUUUCUGGCCGGUUGUUGGGAUCCAUGUGACAGAGGCGUUUCUGCUUGACCGAUGGAGGCUGCAGAAGCACAGCGUGGCGAGGUGGUCUCGAGUGUGGUGGAUGUGGGAGGUUACUAUUUUCUGUGAGGGCUUGACAUCAUGGAAGAGAUUUGAUAGGCUGGUUGCCGAGAAGAAGGCUGAGAAGGAGGCCAAGAAGAACUGA